AGGUAUGCUUUGUUUGAAGAUCGUUUGAAAAAUAUUGAGGGAUUUGAAGGUGGGCUGGAAAAGUUUACCAAAAGUUACCAAUCUUUUGGCAUCCACACCAAGGCAGAUGGGGGAAUCUAUUGCAAAGAGUGGGCCCCAGGAGCAGAGGCUGUUUUCCUAACUGGCGACUUUAAUGACUGGAACCCCUUUUCACAUCCAUAUAGAAAGUUGGAUUUUGGAAAAUGGGAAUUACACAUUCCUCCAAAUGAAGAUAAAUCCCCACUUAUACAACAUGGAUCAAAGAUAAAGGUAGUAAUCAAGACCAAAUCAGGAGAGGUUAUAUAUCGUAUCUCACCAUGGGCAAAAUAUGUGGUUCAGGAAGAAAGAAAGGUGGUUUAUGACUGGGUGCAUUGGGAACCUGCAAUUCCUUACAAACAUCAACAUGAGCGUCCACGAAGACCAAAAAGUGUACGAAUAUAUGAGUCACAUGUUGGAAUUGCAUCCCCAGAAGGAAAGAUUGCUUCCUAUAAAAAUUUCACCCAUAAUGUCUUGCCCAAAAUAAAGGAACUGGGCUAUAACUGCAUACAAAUGAUGGCUAUCAUGGAACAUGCAUACUAUGCAAGUUUUGGUUACCAAAUCACCAGUUUCUUUGCUGCAUCAAGUCGUUAUGGGACACCAGAUGAUUUGAAAGAACUAAUAGAUGUAGCUCAUUCUAUGGGAAUUGUAGUUCUGCUGGAUGUAGUUCAUAGCCAUGCAUCAAAAAACAGUGAAGAUGGACUCAACCAGUUUGAUGGUACAGAUUCCUGCUUCUUUCACGAUGGACCAAGAGGCAACCAUGAUCUCUGGGACAGCAGGCUGUUUGACUACGCCAACUGGGAGGUUCUUAGGUUCCUUCUGUCUAACCUUCGGUGGUGGAUUGAAGUAUAUGGUUUUGAUGGUUUCAGAUUUGAUGGUGUUACUUCUAUGCUUUACCACCACCAUGGAAUUGGAAGUGGAUUCUCAGGUGACUAUAAUGAAUAUUUUGGUUUGCAUGUGAAUGAAGACUCUCUUGCUUACCUCAUGCUGGCAAAUCACAUGGUUCAUUCCCAAUUCCCAGAUUGCAUCACAAUAGCCGAGGAUGUAUCUGGGAUGCCAGCACUUUGCUGCCCUACAUCCCAGGGAGGUUGUGGAUUUGACUAUCGACUAGCAAUGGCAGUGCCUGAUAAAUGGAUCCAGAUUAUAAAAGAGCUGAAAGAUGAGGAAUGGGAUAUGGGAAAUAUAGUAUAUACACUUAUUAACAGAAGAUACAAUGAAAAGUGCAUAGCCUAUGCAGAAAGCCAUGACCAAGCACUGGUUGGUGAUAAAACACUGGCAUUUUGGUUGAUGGAUGCAGAAAUGUACACCAAUAUGAGUGUCAUGUCUCCUUUAACACCUGUGAUCGAUCGAGGAAUUCAACUCCAUAAGAUGAUCCGUCUGAUCACCCAUGCUCUUGGAGGAGAGGGAUAUCUCAAUUUCAUUGGUAAUGAAUUUGGGCACCCAGAAUGGCUGGAUUUCCCGAGAAAAGGAAAUAAUGAAAGUUACCAUUAUGCCAGGAGACAAUUUCAUUUAGCUGAUGAUAAUCUUUUGCGCUAUAGAUUUCUAUAUGCUUUCGACCGAGAUAUGAAUAAAUUAGAAGAAAAGUUUGGUUGGUUGUCUGCUCCUCCGGCCUACAUCAGUACAAAGCAUGAAGGUGAUAAAAUUAUUGCAUUUGAGCGAGGAAAUCUACUUUUCGUCUUCAAUUUCCAUCCUUACAAAAGCUUCACUGGAUACAGAGUGGCUGUAAAUUCACCUGGAAAAUAUAUGAUAGCACUGGAUACUGAUGCUUCAGAUUAUGGAGGUCAUCAAAGAAUUAAUCACAGGACAGAGUUCUUCUCAGAAAAUACCCAUUUCAACAAUCGUUCAAAUUCACUUUUGGUGAGUAUUAUAUUUCUAUUAAUCCGCAUGUAA